GAUAAAGUAGAUGAGUUAACAAUAGCAAAUUGUUGGACUAAGACUAGUAUUUUACCCUUGAUAUCGAAUACUGAUAUUGAACUUACACAAAAUACGUACCUUGAAUCAAUUGAAUAUGAAGAAAGUGAAAUAUGUAGUUUAGUAGUUGAUCUUAUCGAAGAUCUAGAUUCAAUGGUUACACAAGAAAUAGAAACGUACAGAAAAAUUAAUAAUACACAUAUUUCUACAGAAGAAACACUAGAUGAUACUCAGAUUGUUGAAACUGUAUUAGCAGAACAAUUAGAGUACGAACAGGGUGAUCUAGAUGAUUCUGAUAAAGAACUACCAAAAAUCUCUCCUUCUAAAGAAUUAGUUUGGUUGAAAAAUUUUAUCUUGUUUGCUAAACAACAAAUAUGCUAUAACUUUUUUUUUAAUAACAAUGAUAUAAAAGUAUUUUGUAAAUACUUACCAUUAAUGAAACGAAAAGUUACUGAGUCUAUGAAUCAGAAAUCUAUUAUAGACUUCUUUAAAAUAGCAGACCAAAGUAUAGUUUUUAAUGAUGAUUUCUUUGAUGAUGAUAAUAGCUUUUCUG